ACUAUAUUCUGCUAUUUUUUUAUAAGUAUUGAAUGAAGUUUUGCCUAGUGGAUUGUGCAGUGAUUUUUGUCUUGUAUGAAAAAGAUCAGCCAGUAAAUAGAACACACUUUUAUAUAUAUCGUGAUUAAAGCAAAGAUAGUUUCACUUUAACCUGUGUCAUAGUUUUCGAAUGUUCGAUUUUUGAAUAGUGAUACAUUUACACACUACACCGAAAUCAGGCACAGGGCACUCCAGGUGCCCUCUCACCAAUUAAUCACCAUACAACCAGGCAGUAUGACAGUGCAACCGCUUCGGAGGAAGCCAUUGAAAAUUCUACGCACUUACCUCAACACAUAAAGUGACCGACAAACCGGUGACACUCAGUGAUAUUAAUUUUAAAUAAUAGAUAAUUGUAUAAUUGUUCCUCUCGAGUGAUAUUAGCCUAGUAACCGGUGCCAUUGAUAGAAAUAAGUUAAAUAACAAUGAAGUGGUUCAGUGUCGUGCUUCUGGUAGCGGCUGCUAGCGCCGACCGGAGUAAACUACCUCCUACGUGUGAUAGUAUGAUAUAUUGUCAUGGGCCCUUGUUGGACACGGUGCAAAUGGCCGGUCUGUACAACGACUCCAAAACCUUUGUAGAUAUGAAAAUGAAACUGUCUCCGAACAUCACAAUGGAACACUUCCAUCAAAUGAUGAACAGGACAGGUUCCCGACCGACCAAGGCUGAUAUUUUAGAGUUUGUCAAUCAGAAUUUCGACCCGGAGGGCUCAGAGUUCGAAGACUGGAGACCCACGGACUGGAAGGAUAACCCUGCGUUUUUAGAUAGGAUAAAAGACCCAUUGCUCCACCAAUGGGCGUCAGAUCUGAACAAAUUGUGGUUGGAACUGGGCAGGAAGAUGAAGGAAGACGUCAAGCAGAACCAGGAUUUGUACUCCAUCAUCUACGUGGACAAUCCUUUUAUUGUACCUGGCGGUCGUUUCAGAGAGUUCUACUACUGGGAUUCCUAUUGGAUCAUCAAAGGUCUACUUCUCUCUGAGAUGCGAUCCACAGCUAAGGGCAUGGUAUCCAAUUUCUUGGAUGUUGUCGAUCGGAUCGGUUUCAUACCGAAUGGUGGAAGAAUUUAUUAUAAGAUGAGAUCACAACCCCCCCUCCUCAUACCGAUGGUGAAGUUAAUAUUUGACGAUUCUUCUGACCUUGAAUACCUGAGGAUGCACAUUCACACCCUGGAUAGGGAGUUCGAUUAUUGGGUCACAAAUCACACUGUGGAAUUCAAACAUGAAGGACAAACUGUCAAGCUAUGGAGGUAUACUGAUCAGUCACAAGGACCACGCCCAGAAAGUUAUAAAGAGGAUAUCGAUUGUGCUAAGCAUUUCGAUACAGAUGAUAAGAAAGAGGAAUUAUACGCAGAGCUGAAGGCCGCCGCUGAGUCGGGGUGGGACUUUUCUUCCCGAUGGUUCAUUCUCAAUGGAACGAAUAAGGGUAACCUAACAAACCUGAAGACCAGGUCCAUAGUUCCAGUAGACCUGAACGCAAUAAUGUGCUGGAACGCUCAACUAAUGUCGGAGUUCCACGCCAUGUUGGGAAAUACAGACAAAGCCGGGUACUAUAGGAAUGUGCACGCUGAACUAUUGGACGCGAUUGAAAAGGUCUUAUGGCACGAAGAUGUUGGUGCAUGGCUAGAUUUCAGUCUAGAAUCUGGAAGGCGUAGAGAUUACUUCUACCCGUCAAACAUAGCCCCUCUGUGGACCGGCUGCUACGAUAAAGCAAGGAAAGAAUACUAUGUGAAUCGGGUUAUCAAUUAUUUGGAUAAAGUUAAGGUGGACAUCUUCGAAGGUGGCAUCCCCACGACCUUCGAGCACUCUGGUGAACAGUGGGACUACCCCAACGCCUGGCCUCCACUCCAGUACAUCUUCGUGGUGGGGCUAGACAGCACCGGUCUACCGGAAGCCAAGAGACUGGCCAACGAGAUUGCCACCAAGUGGGUCAGGUCCAACUUCGAGGUGUGGAAGGAGAAGACCGCUAUGCUGGAAAAGUACGACGCCACGAUUUUCGGCGGCUACGGGGGUGGGGGCGAAUAUGUGCUACAGACUGGCUUCGGCUGGACCAAUGGGGUUGUUAUGGCGCUGCUUAACAGAUAUGGAGUAGAGCAACCCAGUCGCGCGACCCCCACUGACGGGCGCGCGGUUGCAGACACGUUGUGCGCAGCGGACGCGUUCGGCGCGAGCGGCGUGCUGCCCGCCGGCGUGGGCGGCGCGGGCGCGGCCGGCGGGCUCACCGCCGCGCUCGCCGUGCUGGCCUCGCUAGCUGCCGGCGCCUUGGGAUUACUGGUCUACAAAAGACGUAAAGAUUACACGCCUCUGGUGAGUGGUGAAGAUUUGAAGCUGCUAUCCCGAAGGCCGUAUACAGAAUUGCGGAGUUUAAACGGCAUUUCGGACCCCAGACAGCGGUGAACUAAACCACCCCUACCAUUGUCCACAGUGAGUUCGUAUCGAGAUCGACGUGACUAAGCAUAGAAACCUUCCAAUUAGUACCGAAAUGUCUUCAUUUACAAUACGUGUUUAGUGUUGUAAAAACAAAAAUUAAUUUUGAAAUAGUCUUGUAAGUUUUAAACAUUUAUUGGUGUACACCAUAAUAGUACUAUUAUGGCUAUCAAAUACAUAAAAUUAACGUAUAUUUAAACCUAUAGUCAUAUAAUGACAAGCAGCAAAGAUACGCUUAAGCUUCUAUUCAAAAUAAUUGCUCAGUAUCAAAUUUCGAAUGGACAUCAUGGAUAGUUUUCGAGUCGAAUUGCAAAUGGUAGGGCCAAGGGUCUAAAACCAUUGGAUCCUUUCAGUACAAACUUGGUGUCAAAGGAGUUUGUAAUAUACCAGUUCUUCAGCGUGCUGUGAAUGAAACUCUCGUGUAUAUAGACUUUAGGUUCAUUUUGCUCUGUAUUAUUGUAUAGCGCAACCGAAAAGUCUGUAUAUGAUAUGUUUUUUGUGAAUCAAAAAUAAUAAAAUAGGAUCUAGUUUUAAUAGUAACAACAUUCGGUUGAGAAAAUUGUAGAAUCACGGUAAUGGAUUAUUUGAUUUUAAUUAUGAAAUUUAUUUCAAAUAUUAAGUUGGCACAAAACAUACAUUUUUCAUAAUCCUGGAUGGUAUAUUAGAUUAAACGCUUUUUAGGUUUGUUGGUUUGUAAUUAAAGCAAUAUUUGUAUACAUAACAUUUGUAUACUUGUCGGUUUGAAAUCACAUUUUUACCGAAAUAAAAACUAGUAUAUAUUUAUCGUGACUAUAGACAUAUCAAGUAUUCUAUUUAUUUUAUACUAGACUAAUCGAAUAUUUUUUAUUUAUUUUUCUCAAACGACGCAUCGAGUUAAAUACUAUAAUCUAUAUCGGUUAUUAAUCAAUUCAAUUUGUUAAUGAUACUCAAAAAAUUUAAUGUCAUAAAUCAGAUGUAAAUUUAUGACGUUUUUUAGUACAUUUUUUUAUGUUUUAUUGCACAAAUUUUAUGACAUUGAACAAUGUGAUUAUAAUAUGAUAUGAUAAUUCAAUUAUUUAAUAUAGGUAUUAUUAAAUGAGAGUAUUAUUAGAAUUUAGUGGUUAACUUUAAUUUUAAGUAGACAAUUUUGUUUUUUGUUCUGUAAACAAUGUACAUAGCUAUAUAAUUAUAUAUAUAGUGUUGCUUGCAUUUAUUGUAAAAGUGUGGUUUCAAACUUAUUCUAUUAUGUGAUCUAGCGAAUUUUUUCAUAACAUUUAUUAUAGGUUUAGUUAAUUUUAUAUAGUAUCAAAACGUGUUUGUAGUUGUGUACUUUAUUUAUGUCAUCAGUAUCUCAUAGUGUUUGUAUCAUUGACAUUGAGAGAGAAAAUACAUUUUAAAUUUUGAUGAU